CUCUACGCACAUCGUGGGAUCAGAGGAUCGCUCUCGGCCGGGGCGGGCGCAGGCUGGAUGGGAAUCCGGGUGAUCGCCCGAGCUUCACACAAGGUGGAUUACAUUGGCACGGUGACGCCGGAGAAUCGAUCGGCCAGGCAGGAUGUUCACCAGACAUAACUGCUGCAAUAUUCCCCUGCCUGGCCUCGUGUUACCUCCAGGGAAUGGUCGCUGUAAGGAUACGUCGCCAUUCAUAGUCUCCUAACCUGGUGCCGUUCAGCCUGGACUCUGUGGACUGUGAUCACUCCCUUUUGAGGCUCCACUGUCCGCUAAGAUGUGGCGUUUUGGGGUUACCGUCCUGUACGCCUUUCUGCUGCCUGUUGUAAAAGGUCACAGUCUGUUCACUUGUGAACCCAUCAUGGUGCCUAGAUGUAUAGGAAUGUCCUACAAUAUGACGUUCUUUCCAAACCUUUUGGAGCACUACGACCAAGCAAUCGCAGCAAGUCGAAUGGAGCCCUUCAUUCCGCUCAUGAAUCUCCAGUGUUCUCCAGAAGUGAGCAGGUUUCUUUGCAUGGCUUUCGUCCCCGAAUGUACAGAACCCAAGCACAUCGUGCUGCCCUGCAGGGCCGUAUGUGAGACCGUUUACUCCGACUGCAAGACCCUGAUUGACACUUUUGACAUUACUUGGCCUCCGGAGCUAGAGUGUGACAGGCUAGAAGACUGUAGUGUACCAAAGAUCCCUGAGAAGGAACAAAGCACACUGACACCAGCAGAAAAAAUCCAAAAAGACUAUGGGUUUUGGUGUCCACGACACUUGAAAACCUUUCAAGUGACUGGCUACAAGUUUCUGGGGGUAAAUCACUGUGCACCACCGUGCCCCAACAUGUACUUUAAAAAAGAAGAUUUGGACUUUGCCAAAAACUUCAUUGGCAUUAUUUCCAUAAUUUGCCUCUGUGCCACGCUCUUCACAUUCCUCACCUUUCUGAUCGACGUAAAAAGAUUCCGCUACCCAGAGAGGCCAAUCAUUUUCUACUCCGUCUGUUACAGCAUAGUAUCACUCAUAUACUUCAUUGGGUUCGCCAUGGGGAACGCUGUCUCCUGCAACGAGGCGCAUGAAGACUAUGCAGACGAAGACACGGUGGUCCUUGGUUCCCAGAACAAAGCCUGUACUGUUAUUUUCAUGCUUCUGUAUUUCUGCAAUAUGGCCGGGACCAUAUGGUGGGUCAUGCUCACCAUAACUUGGUACUUGGCAGCAGGUCAGAAGUGGAGCUGCGAGGCCAUAGAGCAGAAGUCCAUGUGGUUUCACGCAGUGGCCUGGGGCAUUCCUGGGAUUCUUACCAUUGUACUUCUGGCCAUGAACAAGGUGGAAGGAGACAAUAUUAGCGGCGUCUGUUUCGUUGGACUCUACGACCAAAACGUGUCUACCUAUUUUGUGCUCCUGCCUCUUUGUCUUAGCAUCUUCGUUGGGCUUUCUCUGCUCCUUGCUGGGAUUAUAUCUUUAAACAACGUGCGGCAAGUGAUACAGCAUGAUGAGAGGAACCAAGAGAAACUGAAAAAAUUCAUGAUCCGCAUUGGUGUGUUCAGUGGCACUUACCUUGUUCCUCUGGGAAUAUUACUGUGCUGUUCUGUCUACGAGCUCUUCUCGAGAUCUUCUUGGGAAAUGACUUGGGUUGCAGACCACUGCAAGGAGUACCAUAUUCCUUGCCCACAUCAGCUGAAGACUUUGUCCAGACCAGACCUUGGCUUGUUUCUAACCAAAUAUGUGAUGACUUUAAUCGUGGGGAUCUCUGCCAUUUUCUGGGUUGGAAGCAAAAAAACCUGCUCUGAAUGGGCCAACUUUUUUCACCGAAACAAAAAACAAGACCCAGUCGCCGAGAGCAGAAGAGUCCUGCAGGAGUCCUGUGAGUACUUCAUCAAACACAACUCUAAACCAAAGCACAAGAAACACCAUAGAUCCAGCUCCCACAAGCUGAAGGUUCUCUCCAAGUCCAUGGGAACGAGCACCAGUGCUAAAGCCAACCAUGGAGUGUCCACAGUGGCCAUCACCAGCCAUGAUUUCCUGGACAAUGAGACGUCGGUGGACCAUCAAAGUACGCGGACCCGGUCACCAAAGGAAGACCAAGUGUCAGAAAGUAGUGUCGCCAAAACAAGAACAGACCCUCCAGCAGAGGUGACUACACAAACGCUACUGGAGAACUCUGAGGUGUCCACUCAUCAGACAGAGCAGAAUAGUCACCCCAGUACGGGCAAAGGGAAUGGUGUGACUGGAAAUAUGCCAAAGCAGAUUGAGGGCAGUUUGCUUAUUGAGAACCACCUGAGCAAUCCAGUCCUGUAUCCUGACAGUGCCUCUCCACCUUCUGCCCCAAGUCCCACCACUGUGCCUGCGCCAUUGCUCACCAACAAAGAAAGGGAACUUGGAAACUACACACAGACUGCAUGAGAAAUCUGACUCAUGAGGACUAAUAUCAGAUUUUUCGUUGCACGAAACAUUGACUUGACGCUCAACGCGGACGUUAAAUGAACUUUUGAAAGUUUUGCACUUAUCGUACAAAGUAAAGCAUUUAAUGUAUCUUGUAACAAGGGAGAAGGCCGAUGUGCUGACGAUACCGAUGGCAUGGGCAACCAGCUGAAGACUGAUGGCUGUCCCCAAGACACCCCUUGUGGUGGUUGUUGUUUUUGUAUACUGUUACAUUUUGUAAUGUAGAUUUUCUAAAUCUGUAUGUAUGUAAGGAUCUCCGAACAGAUAUUCUGUAAACUGUAGGUAAAAGCAUUAUCGCCUAUAACACGAUGAAUGUAUAUACUGUAGGUAGUUUGCAGGCUUGCUUAGAGAUGCUUUUAUACUAGUCACAACACUGACGAAAAGUACCUAGCAAAUAUUAGGCAUACUGCCCCAGUUACUGGUUAUGUUACAUUCUGCUGGUCAUUCUGGUAGAUUUUACACUGGAAAUUAUUUAAAAAUAAAUAAAAAUACAAAUU